AUUAUUCAUUAUUUUUCGCGCGUUUUGACAGAGUUAUUCGAUUACUGAACCAAGGCGGGUGCAAGUCGUUUUUAAAUUUGGUGUUGUGUUUAUUUUGUUCAUAUUAAUAAUUUAAAAUAAUCUAAAAAUGUUUGAAGCACGUUUAACACAAAGCUCUGUACUUAAAAAAGUAUUAGAAGCUAUUCGAGAUCUUCUAACAGAAGCUACAUUCGAUUGUACAGAUUCGGGAAUAUCUUUACAGGCUAUGGAUAAUUCCCACGUUAGUUUAGUUUCAUUAAAUUUACGUGCUGAUGGAUUUGAUAAGUACCGAUGUGAUCGAAAUUUAUCUAUGGGAAUGAAUUUGGCAAGCAUGAGUAAAAUUUUAAAGUGCGCUAGUAAUGACGAUAUUGUAACGAUGAAAGCACAAGAUAACGCUGAUACAAUUAGUUUUAUGUUUGAAUCACCUAGUGGAGAAAAAGUUUCUGAUUAUGAUAUGAAAUUAAUGAAUCUCGACCAAGAACACCUUGGAAUUCCGGAUAUUGAUUAUGCUUGCGUAAUUCGAUUACCUAGUGCUGAAUUUGCAAGAAUAUGCCGUGAUUUAUCACAAUUUGGUGAAAGUGUUGUUAUUGGAUGCACAAAAGAAGGAGUAAAAUUCAGUGCAACUGGUGACAUUGGUAAUGCAAAUAUUAAAUUAGCACAAACUGUAUCAGUUGACAAAGAAGAAGAAGCAGUAAUUAUCGAAAUGCAAGAACCUGUCACUUUAACAUUUGCUUGUAAAUACUUAAAUUACUUCACUAAGGCAACUUCCCUUUCUCCGCAGGUGCAAUUAUCAAUGAGUGCAGACGUACCUUUAGUUGUUGAAUACAGAAUACCUAACAUUGGUCAUGUUAGAUAUUAUUUGGCUCCAAAAAUUGAAGAUGAUGAUAGUUAAGUUAUUUAUCAUCUCUCACGUUCUUUUGGUUGAUUACAUUUUUGUUUAAUUAUAAUAAUUAAGAAUCUUCGUCAAUGUAUUUUUAUAGCUACCGUAUAAUAUUUGUAUAAUUAUAAUCUAA